CCCAAGAACGCGCCCAGGAGACCUGCUGAAGCCCCCAUGAAGCUCCUCAGCCAUAUUGCCUCAAACAUAUCGGCCACUGGCGUUCUGGACAUCACAGUUCCUCACCAAUCCGGCCGCGAUGAGGCAUGUAACUCUGAUCCCACAUCGAUUGAGCUACGGCCCCGUUGGAAGUGCGGCCAACGAUCAGGCUCGUCUGGCCUUCGUCGACAUCACCGCGCCCGAGUUUAGGAAUGGCUCCUACGAGGUGUGCCACUACCACAGAAGCAGCUACGGUGGCUGCUUCGGCCCGCUGGCCGUGGACCAGACGCUGUGGUUCUGCCAUGAGCUCCACGUUCGGCUCCAGAAGGAGGGGCCGCCUGUCGCGGUCGAGUACGAGCCCGAGGGGCGCCAAAACGUUGCAGUGGUCGUCGGCGCCUACGCUGUGCUCGUCCUCGGCUGGUCCGCGAAAGAGGUGUGCGGAGCCCUGCCCGAGGAUGCUGGCCUCACCCUGCCGUGCUCCUGGAUCGACCCGGCCGAUCUGAGGUCUAACCACGGGGAUCCCCGCAUGACAGUCCAGGACUGCUGGGAGGGCGUUGAGAUUGCCCGGGAUCUCGGAUGGCUGCGAAAGGGCAUGGUCGUGGACGGCGUGAUGGCCUCCCUCGUGGCCAGCAAGUUUUGGAAGACCACCUGCGAGUACGACGGGGCAUGGCUGGUGCCGGGCGCGAUCUUCGUGAUGGCGGAUCCAGUGACGACCAUCGCCGACCCGAAUCCGAAGACGUGCCCCUCGUUCUGCAGAGUAGAGUCGGACGCCGACUCCCCGAGUACACCCCUGGAUCUGGAAGGGCUCCGGCGGUCCUCCGAGCACACCCCUACCCCUCUGCAGAGCUGUCUGGAGGCACGCGCCAGCACCGCCACGGGGACCAGGGACAGCGGCAACUUCGAGGACGGCGACCUGAUUGCCACACCUAAUUCGAGGGCGUCGGUCCACACCGUGUGCAAGGUCUACGGCUCCGGGAAUAAGAGCUCAAUGGGUUGCGACCUGUGGCCCCGCGCCAGGCCCUUUGUGGACUUCGUGCUGGAUGAGGGUAUCAAGACGGUCCUCCGCGUGAACUUGUCAAGCGAGCCAGGGCUGGUGGAGAUCGGGGGGAGUUACGACGCAGGACUGUUGGCCGAGUUUGGGAUCCAGCACGCGGACGUCCCCGUGAGUGACUCCAAGAGCACCCUGAAGGGUGGUGUCCCCCCCAGCAGUGCCAUCAGGCGCUUUCUCAGCCUGAGCAGGCAAACUGCUCCCGAGGACGGCGGGGCCGUUCUCGUCCACUGCAAGGGCGGCUUCGGCAGGAGCGUCUUCCUGGCGUGCCUCCUGGUCAUCUACAGGUGCGACGUGUCAGGCCGUGGGCUUCUCGGCUGGGCGCGAAUUGCCCGCCCAGGGGCCAUCACGACCCCCGAGCAGGAGGCCGUGCUGCGGUCCCUGUCUGGUCGGGCGGACCUCUGCAGAAAGUUUGGCGUCCCUCGCGUGGGCCUGGGGGUGGAGCCUCGAGGCUGCUGCGCAGUGAGCUGAGCCCAGGGCGCAUGCACGCACGCUGCUGCUGCCCGGGGCGCUGCGUGCAGAGCUACCGCUGCUGGGACAUGCGCGCUCUGGGUGAUCGGACUGAGCGGGAACGGGUCGGCAUACGUGCAGGCAAGCCCGACCUAACGCUAGGGAUCGGCUGGCGAUCGGAAUGGACUGGGGCCUGGAUCUUUGCAGUGAUCGUCGGCAAGCUCAGGCUUGCCACAACUGCACCGCCCAGGCUGCGCGGAACGAGGGGGUG